GCGAGGGAACGUUCCAUGCAUUUUGCCUUGUAAUCUUUAGCUUAUUGCAGUCGCUGAUAGCUCUACGAUUUUUGCACACAGUUUAAUGUGCAUCGGAUGUGUGAAUUAAGUGGUGAAUGUGCGUGACACGAAUCGACAUUCAACAUUUCAGUGUUAUAUGGAAUCGUUGCGUUGCGUUGCGUUCCACAGUGACUUAUUGCAGUUUCUGAAUACCUGAGAAUUCCCGGCGUUAUAUCGCGCUUCGCCGAGGUCGUUAGUGUGACAGUGCCGUGAUUUAUUCAGCUUAUAGACGUGCAAACGUGACAGUUGCCCUGGACGUUUCUAGCAUUAGACUAAUCAUAUUAAAGUGGCCGAUGAGGAGCUUAUGCAAGCGAGUGCUAAUGCUGCAUUUGUUCCUUGACUCCUGCACGUAAGCCACUUAUGUGUACACCGUUCGCACGUGUGCCGGCGUCACGUUGAAAACCCUCGUAGAAAGAGUGCGCCGGUCGAAAAUAGAUGUAUUUUUUAUAUUUAUGGCCGCGCCGCUUGACGUGCGUUGACGAACUUAAAGUUUAUAGACCGUGGUCGCUAGUUUGUGGACUUUAAUUAGAGACACGUACGUAGUAUUUGUUUUGAACUAGUAUUCGGUGUUGUGGCGUAUUGGUAAACAAAUGUGAACAUUGUUAUCGGGUAUGAUGGUUAAGUUGGGACUAGCGAUGGUGGUGGGUGUGGCGCCGGCGCUGGUGUCGUGGUGGCGCGGGAGCGGGCCGUGGCUGCAGCCGCUGGUGACCACAUCGCCCUGCCUCGAGCGGGCCAAGCCGUGGCCCGCCAGGAGAUCACCCUCCCUGUCGGAUUGCUUGGAGAGCAGCGAUGAGGAUUCCGCUCGCUCUGUCGUGUGCCAUGUGAGGCCGAAGAUGGCGGAGCAGCGGCUAGCUGCGCGGCGGGCUGCCCGGGCUGAGGCGCGCGAGAUCCGCAUGCGUGAACUGGAACGGCAGCAGAGGGAACAGGAGGACCAUGCCGACAAGGCUUACGAUAUGUAUGCAGAGACUGUGGGUCGUCGUGGUGGAACCAGGUUAGCUGCAUUGAGCCCGGGCGGUCUGCACUCGCCCAGACGGAGUUCAGAGGAUUCUGAUGAAGUGCUCAGUAUUAAGGAUUUGAGGCACGAAUUAAAAGAAGUGGAAGAGAAGUUCCGCAAAGCGAUGAUAUUGAAUGCCCAGUUGGACAACGACAAGGCGGCGCUCGGCUACCAGUUGGAGCUGCUCAAGGAUAGGAUAGAGGAAUUACAGGAAGAAUACGCUCAACUACAGCGUGAACACAAAGAGAAGUGCUCCUCACACGAGCGGCUGAAGCGCGAGCACGCGGCACUUGAACGUGAACUGGGCGCGGCCCGUGACGCGGUGCGAGCACGUGACGCGGCCGCUGCUGACGCGGGCUACGCGUUUGUGGACGCGGGGGACACUGCGGCACCGAGUGGGGGGAGCGGGGGAAAUGGGGUGGGAGGGGGGAUGCCGGCGCUAGCUCUCGUGUCGCACCAGUCGCAGGCUCUGCUGGAGGACGGCGGGGAGGGGACGCUCGACGUCCGGUUGCAGAAUCUGGUUAAUUCGAAGCAAGCACUAGAAUCAGAAGUGCGUAAACUCAAACUACAACUGAAUGAGGAAAGAGCGGCUCGACAGAAUGGAGUCUCAUCACAUCACGACCAGGACUAUGAGAAUGAAGUGGAGGCGCUGCGCAAGUGCGUGUCGGAGGCGAAGGGGCGGGCGGCGCGCGCGGAGGCGGAGGCGGCGCUGGCGGCGGGCGCGGUGGCGCGGCUCGAGGCGCAGCUGCAGCGGCUGCGCGCCACGCACGACGCGCAGGACGAGCGCGAGCAGGAGCUCAAGCAGGAGCGGCGCCGGCUGCAGCGCGAGGCUAGAGAAGCUCUAAAUCGCGUGGAAGAACUGGAGACAGAGAACAGUCACCUCACGAAGCGGCUCGACAAACUGAAGAACGCAAAGUCGGCGCUACUCAAAGAACUGUGACAGUAAGUGUAGGGUUGCCAUAGACAUUUUAAAAAUGUACAUACACAUUUUAAAAUGUUUACUUUUAAAAGCUAGUAACACGGCGUGAAGGCAGUUUUACCCACCAAUUUUUUGUUGUCACACUACUUUAAAAAAAUAAUCUGUCUUGUAUUUUUGUUAUCACACUAAUAUGAAAAUCUGUGUGCAGUAUGGAUAAUUUUGUCGUCAAACUACUUUUGAAAAAUUAUAUUUCUAUGCCUUUAGUAUGGAUACAAGAAACACGUUUUUGUGUCUGUGGUAAAAAUUAGA